CCGCGCACGGUUCAAGUGCGAGAGAUGCUGAUCGCGCGGCACUGACAAGUGAGGUCCCCGGGCGAGUGGCUCCUCCACUCGGCGUCUGCCCCGGCUGCGCGGUCCGCGCCGCCCGCUCGGAUGAGCCCUCCAGUUCCCCGACUUUGAGAGGCGUCUUUCCCAGCCCAACCGCCCAGAUGCAGUUUCGCCUCUUCUCCUUUGCGCUCAUCAUCCUGAACUGCAUGGAUUACAGCCACUGCCAAGGCAACCGGUGGAAACGCAGUAAGCGAGCUAGCUAUGUAUCAAAUCCCAUUUGCAAGGGUUGUUUGUCUUGUUCAAAGGACAAUGGGUGCAGCCGAUGUCAGCAGAAGUUGUUCUUCGUUCUUCGAAGAGAAGGCAUGCGCCAGUAUGGAGAGUGCCUGCAUUCGUGCCCAUCGGGGUACUAUGGACACCGAGCCCCAGAAAUGAACAGCUGUGCAAGAUGCAGAAUAGAAAACUGUGAUUCUUGCUUUAGCAAAGACUUUUGUACCAAGUGCAAAGUAGGCUUUUAUUUGCAUAGAGGCCGUUGCUUUGAUGAAUGUCCAGAUGGUUUUGCACCAUUAGAUGAAACCAUGGAAUGUGUGGAAGGAUGUGAAGUUGGUCACUGGAGUGAAUGGGGAACUUGUAGCAGAAAUAACCGCACAUGUGGAUUUAAAUGGGGUCUGGAAACCAGAACACGGCAAAUUGUUAAAAAGCCGGCAAAAGACACGAUACCCUGUCCAACCAUUGCUGAAUCCAGAAGGUGUAAGAUGGCCGUGAGGCAUUGUCCAGGUGGGAAGAGAACAGCGAAGGCCAAGGAGAAGAAGAACAAGAAGAAGAGGAAGCUGAUAGAAAGAGCCCAGGAGCAACACAGUGUCUUCCUAGCUACAGACAGAGCUAACCAGUAAAACGAAAGACACAGAGGGUGGAUUUUGGGGGGUUUUGUUUCCGCAAAAGUGCACAAAGCUACUCUGCCCUCAUGGACACUGGCGUGCGGCGCUUAGGCUGCUCAGACCAGCGUCUGUUCCCAGUAACGUUGUGUAAGGAGGAGCCCCGCGAGGGUGGGCUCUGUUAUUUAUGUUUUGAUUUGCGUCUGGAGACUCUGAAGGCAGGAACUUGUGACCUGAAUCCCGAAGCAGGAGUAAGUGUGCAGCCUGGGACCAGGCUUGGCGUGUGCUGAGAAAACCUUCCCUGGCACCGCAGAAGAGGGGCGAGGCCUCAGACCCCCGAUGGAGGAGGGACUUGUGCAUAUUUAUGUGAAAGAUGCUCAGCAGGCCAAGUGCCAUUUUACUCGUGACCUUUGUUUCUCACAUUCUGCAUUUUCAAGUUUAAAUGUAUGUGGCUAUCUGCUUAGUGUCACCCCACCUUGUUGUCAGCAUCUGUGACUUUCAAACCGUUGAGUUGAAACUGCUUUGGGAUGAAACUGCUUUUAGCUGGGGACACACUACAGGAUAUUCCUGCUCAGUUUCACAGCGGCUCUAAUAUGUACAUAUUCCGCUGGGACUACAUAUAAACCUCUUAUUUACUGUAUAUUUAUGCUUUCUUCUGUGUAACAAGUCAUACUUGAUUAAUAUUAUGUCACUUUGUUUCUAGAUGUUCCUAACCAUUGUCUGGUAAAUGACUUUUUUAGUUUUUGCGAAUUGACAAAUGUUUUGUUGCCCCUUGAAACUUUUCUUGGUGGGCUUAUUGCUCAUUGUAAGGAUAGGAUAAGCUAGUUUGUACAUAGUCAGAAGAUGACCAGUGUCAAAGAUUUUGAGUAUUGACAGACCUUUACCACUCCAUGUCUCCUCACAGAUCAAGCCUCACCUGACAGAAACCAAAACUCCCUUUGAUUAGAAGAUGUGAUGGCUUUCUGAUAUAUGUCACUUGUACAUAUGUCACUUGUAACCCAUCAUUGCAGUUUCACAGACCAGCUAGCAUUUUUCAAACCUUUCCAGGCAGUACAUAUAUGUAGGUAUAUACAUAUUAUGCAUAAUGUAAAGCAGUCCCUGACUUGUCGCAACAGAGGAACUUCCAAUAUUCUUGGGUCCCUAUAGAAAUUUACCAUCCUAGAAAUAACCAUGAGCCCAAGCUUGGGAUCUGAGGAGAAAACAGGAUGAACUGCUACAACUGCCAGCCAGAUCUAGUAAGUCUCCAUUGAGCCAGAAUCUAUUUCAUCCAAAACAGAGGAGCGCUAUGGAGACUUCCCAUAGGACUUUUAGAGCAGUUGUUUCAAAAACAUUUCAUUGCCCACUUGAAAUCAGUUCUUAGAGGGUUUGUGAAUUGGCUUCUGCUAAAGCUUUCAUUAUCUGCCUGGCUGUUCCAGAAGAAAAUGAGAAAAAGACACGGUGGCCGAAUUUUGAGGAAACAACUAUGGCAAGGUAAAGCCUUGUUCUCACCUUGCAUUGGCAAAACUACCUCUUCAGCAUUUUUGUUUCACUUUUGAGUCAAAAGCAUCUUCCCAAUAAAUGCCAUAUACAACAGUAGGAAAAUAUUAUUGCUAUGAGAUAAUAAGCCAUAUAUGAAUGCUGUAUACACCUUUAGGGUUUGCAUUUAAUCCUAAAGUUCACCUCCUUUCAUGUCUAUUUACACUAUAUUCCUAUUUACUAAGUGGGGAGGGGUCUCCUUUAUAUAGUGCUUCAUCAUUAAGUCAACACAUGUUCUGUUUCUGGGAUGUUCU